GCGAAGAACGCCAAGGAGAAGCAGUCGCUGCUGCCUGUCACCAUCAAGCAGCUGAAGAAUGCUCCCUCGGCCGCGUCGGGCGAGCAGAACUUCACCGUUGACGGACACGAGCUGCACCAGGUCACCAUCGUGGGUCUCAUCAUGACCGCCGAGGAGCAGAACACGAACCUGCAGUACACCAUCGACGACGGCACCGACGACAUCAUCGUCAAGAUGGUGGACCAGGAGUCGGAGGAGCUCAUGGUCCAGCGGCGCGCGGAGUGGCGCGAGGGCAAGGUCGUCCGGGUCGUCGGCCAGCUCCGCAUGUUCAACAACUCGCGCUCGAUCGUGGCGUACAACAUCCAGCCGCUGGCCGACUUCAACGAGUACACCUUCCACUUCAUCGAG